UCAAAGCAGUUAAGUGUGUAACUUGUUUUCGCAGCUUAAACAAAAAAAUUGACUGCUUUAGCUCCUCUGGCUCUUCCCUGCAAUCUUCUUGCAGACUUUGCCAUGGGGUGCGGACUUAGGAAGCUGGAAGACCCUGAUGAAAGCAGCCCUGGAAAGAUCUUUUCUACCCUGAAGAGACCGCAAGUGGAAACAAAGACAGAAUUUGCUUAUGAAUAUGCACUGCUGGAUUUUACUUUACAAGCUUCAACAAAUCCAGACGUCAUCAAGAUAAAUUCAGUGCUGGACAUAGCUGCCAAAGUGGAAGACUAUUAUCUUAAGGGCUAUGUUGUUGGGGCCAUUCACCCAGUUAUCCAGCCUGUGGGGCAGCGGGAGCAUCUCCCAGCAAGUCACCUGUACAGGGCAGUGCUGUCCCGGCUGAAGCUAAGCCCCAAGCAUUCAGCAGAAGGCGGACAAAGGCGCGCAAGGCUUGUCAUAGAGGAGUGUCCACUAGCUUGUGAGACACAAGCAAUCGACGCCACAAAGGAACUCAUAGACAAGAUUAAUGCCGCUGCUAAAAGAGGGAUGAAAUUUGUUGGGCUCGUCUCACAGUGCUACUUGCCAUCGGUGCACUGUAAUGGAGCCAGCCAUGAUGGAGUCACAGAGUCGGGGCUACACACAAGGCACGGUUCACAAGACAACUGCAAAGGCUGGAAUGAAGGAAAAGUGGAAAGUGGAGAGUCGGAGGAACCUCAGCAUGAAAGUGGUGAACAGCAUCAGACAGAGGGCAACAGCAUCCCCAGCUACUCCAACCCAAAGCGGACAGAAGCCCCAGAUAACAAGCUGUAUAUGGCGUUCAAUGCUUUUGAGGAGGAUCCAGCCAGCUGGACCUAUCAGGAAGGCGUCCUGUCCAUGAAAGUGACAAGAAAAGGAGCUGUCAUCAGUGCCCUGGACGCCAACUGGCUAGAACUAACUACAUUUUAUUAUAAACAAGGCUUCUCUUUAAUCGACUCUUUUGUGUGCUGGGAGACACCUAAAGGGCUCCCUUUUGAUUGUUUGUGGAUUCUCUUCCUUUCAAGAAGAUACUUAAAGUACAGAGGGGUGAUAAAGCCGAAAGGGGACCAGUUACCCAAAUCUUUGGAAGGCUUUUUUAUCUAUGAAGAAGAAGGGUCUGGAGUCCCAGGUUCUCACAGGAGAGGAAACGACGCCAUUGUGGUUGAACAGUGGACAGUCAUUGAGGGCUGUGAAAUCAAAACAGAUUACGGCCCCCUGCUGCACACCCUGGCUGAAUUUGGAUGGCUUCUGACAAGCGUGUUGCCUACACCUAUACUGAGACACAACAGUGAAGGGAAUUUGGCUACCAAGCAGGUCGUAUUUCUCCAAAGGCCAGUUCCGUGGAAUUCAGCUGCUCAGACCCCAGAAAGGAAAGGCAGCCGGCUGCUGAGGGGUGAAGACAGAAACAAGGUCGGCAGCAGGAGCGUAGGCCUGGACACAAACGCGUCCCAAGCCGCAGGAGGCCGAGCCCCUCUUGAGGAGGGUCCCCUGUCUCCCUCCAGAGAGUGUUGGAUCAAGGAAGAGCGGCCCACACAAAGCGACAGCUUCUCCGGGUUCAGCAGCAGCGACAGUGUCCUCCGGGAACUAGAUGACGGACAGUUUGACCAGGAGGAGGGCGUGACACAGGUCACUUGCAUGUGAGUUGCCAGGUGACCCCAUAGAAGGCCUUGUAAAUAGUUAUUAAAUGACUGCCAUCUGA